AUGUGUAGGAGGCCCAGGCCAGACGUGGACGACGCCGAGACAGAUGUGGAGGGGGCUGGGUUAGACGUCGAGGCUGGGGCAAACGUGGAGGACACGAGGCCAGACGUGGAAGAGGAUGGGGCAGACAUGGAGGGGUUUGGGGCAGACGUGGAGGAGGCUGGGGCAGACGUGGAGGAGACCGGGGCGGACGUGGAAGAGGCCAGGGCAGACGUGGAAGAGGCCGGGGCAGACUUGGAGGAGGCUGGGCCAGACGUUCAGGAGGCUCGGACAGACAUGGAGAAAGCUGGGACAGAUAUGGAGGGGGCCGGCAAGACAUGCUGGAACCCAGGGCAGAUGUGGAGGAGGUCGGGCCGGAAGGGAGAAGACAGUGGGAGACGUGGAGGAGGCUGGGCCAUACGUGGAGGAGGCCAGAGCAGAUGUGGAGGAGACUGGGGCAAACGUGGAGGAGGCAGGGGCAGACAUGGAUGA